CGAGUACAUAUAUAAAGUAUCGAUGUUUAUCUACAAAGUGUAAUAGUCCAGAAAAAUGUCGCUAAACAUCACCACUUCUCCGUGUUGGUCGCAAUUGGUUGGAACUGCUGGAAUUACCUCCAGCUCCAUAGCAGCAGUAAUUCAGUGUUUUGCUGCUGCUAAUUUGCUUUUAUUUGAUGACAACUCGGUGCCAGACGUUUCAACCAACUAUGAUUCUAAUGAGUUUGACUUCAUCAUAAUUGGUGCGGGCUCCGCGGGAAGUGUAGUUGCAAAUAGAUUAAGCAAAAUAGAGGAAUGGAAAAUCUUACUUCUAGAGGCUGGAGGCGAUCCACCACUUACAUCCGAUGUACCUGGACUGGAAACAACUAUGUAUGGAACUGAAAAUGACUGGCAAUAUACAACAGUAAAUAAUGGUAUAACAAGUCAAGGCCUCAUUAAUGGUUCCGUAGCAUGGAGAAAAGGAAAGAUGCUCGGAGGGAGCAGCAGCAUAAAUGAUUUAGCUUAUGCCCCAGGUAGUUCCCAAGACUACCAAAACUGGUACGAUGCAGGAAACGAAGAAUGGAGUGUAGAACAUGUGCAAAAUUGUUUCAAGAAAUUAGAGAACCUUCGAAAUGAAAUGAUGCUACAAAAUCCAAAUACUAAAGAUCUGUACGGUAAUAACGGUCCUAUAAAAAUAAAUAAGCUUAACCACACACAGCGCGCUUAUACAAAUUAUGUCAUUGACGCAUGGCAUAAAAUCGGUUUCGAAAUUGCCUCUGACUUCAAAGCAAGAAAUUUCUUAGGCGCAGGCGAGCUUAUGGCUACGGCGACCAACGGAGUAAGACAGAGCACAAAUAAGGCGUAUUUACAGCCAGCCAAAAACAGAACAAAUUUAGUCAUAAUGAAGGAUAGUUUAGUCACCAAAAUUUUGAUAAACGACACUUUGUUCGCAUAUGGUGUUGAAGUUGAGAAAGAUGGAGAAAAAAAGGUUUAUUAUGCGUCGAAAGAAGUAGUUUUAAGCGCUGGUUCUGUGAGUUCCCCGCAACUCUUAAUGCUGUCUGGAGUAGGCCCAAAGGAACAUCUUGAAUCAAAAGAUAUAGAAACUUUAGUUGAUUCUCCGAUGGUUGGACAAAAUCUUCAAGAUCACGCUUUAGUACCGAUAACAAUUUACGGUAAUGCUCCUGGACAAAAAUCAUUGCUUGAAGUCAUAAGCGAUAUCACUCAAUAUAUUACAAAACGUGAAGGAUUUUUGGCACAAAGCAGUAUUGUAUCAGAUAUUGCUGCAUUUUAUUCUACAGUCGAAAAUGCUAGCUAUCCGAACAUUGAGGUUCGUGUUACAAUCGUAGAUAAAAACAGUACUUUACUUAAAAACUCUUUACAGACAACUUUCCUUUACAAUGAUACCGUGCUAGCCUCAAUUGCAGCUUUAAAUGAAGAUCACGCAAUUUAUUUAUUCGAAGUGAUUCUUUUGCAUCCUUAUUCCAAAGGUAACAUUUCUUUGCAAUCCAAUGACCCUAAAGAUCCACCUCUCAUUUACGCGAACUACUUCGACGAUAGUAGAGAUUUAGAUGUAGCUGUAGCUGGUAUUAAAAUGGCAACGAAAAUUUUGGAAACCCCAUAUUUCAAGAUGAUCAACGCCUUCUUGGGAAGGAUGGACGUGCCCGAAUGCAAUGAGUAUGAAUUAGACAGUGAAGAUUAUUGGAGAUGUAUUUGUAAAAACUUGGUAACCUCAACAUCUCAACCCAUGGGGUCCUGUAAAAUGGGUACUGAUAUUAGUACUUCAGUAGUGAACAGUAGGCUACAAGUUCACGGUGUGAGCAACCUACGUGUGAUUGAUGCUGGGAUAUUCCCUUCGACCAUAAGUGGAAACAUCAAUGGAGCUAGCAUAAUGGUGGGUGAACGAGGAUCGGAAUUAAUCAAAGAAGAUUAUAAUGUAUAA